CCGGUUAGAAUUGAUGAUAUUUUACAGUUUAUUAUUUUUUUACAAUUCUUUUAGUUGUAAUGAGAGUUCAAGGAUGACAUUUUAUUAGUUCAGUCCGCCAUUCUCUUACGAUUGUUGCAGUCUAAACAUUCGUUUUCAUUUUAUAUUCUUUUGAAGUUGACAUUUUAUGUUCAAAUGCUUUUACUCAGCUCUUUGUUUAAAGGUUGAUUGCGUACUAUGUUUUGAAAUUGUGUUAUUAUCUAUCCCUUACAGAGAUAAGGUGCUCAUUCAGUUAAUUUUCCUGAUAAAAAUUAUUGCCUCGGUAUUAAUUUUUAAUCGUGUCAUUGAAUGUGAAUGAGUUUACCAUGAAUCUUUCAUUUGCUGGUUGUGGAUUUUUGGGAAUAUACCAUGUUGGAGUUGCUGUAUGUUUUAAGAAAUAUGCACCUCAUCUUCUGUUAAACAAAAUUUCUGGAGCUUCAGCUGGUGCAAUUGCAGCUUGCUGUUUACUUUGUGAUUUGCCUAUUGGUGAAGUUGUAAGUGACAUGCUCGGAUUAAUUCGAGAAGCAAGAUUGAGAACACUUGGACCUUUCAGCCCUUCUUUCAAUGUACAAGAAUAUUUGCUUGAUAGACUUAGCAAAGUUUUACCAGAAGAUGCUCAUUUAAGAGUAAAUGGAAAAUUACAUAUAUCUCUUACGAGAGUAUAUGAUGGAAAAAAUGUAAUUGUUUCUCAGUUUACUGGCAAAAAUGAUCUUCUUCAGGCUUUGCUAGCAAGUGCGUUCGUGCCUGUUUUUUCUGGGUUUCUCCCUCCAAAGUUUCAUGGAGAGCGAUAUAUGGAUGGGGGAUUUAGUGAUAAUUUACCAACAUUAGAUGAAAAUACUAUAACAGUUAGUCCAUUUUGUGGAGAAACUGACAUUUGUCCUCGUGAUUUUUCAUCACAACUGUUCCAUGUCAAUUUUGCCAAUACAAGCAUAGAACUCUCCAAACAAAACAUAUACAGGUUUGCCAGGAUAUUAUGGCCACCAAAACCAGAGGUGCUAUCCAAUCUUUGCAAGCAAGGAUUUGAUGAUGCAUUACGCUUCCUUCAUAGAAAUAAUUUAAUUAAUUGUACACGUUGCUUAGCCGUGCAGUCAACUUUUAUUAUUUCUGAAGCCCAAGAUGAAUGUUCAGAUUAUGACCCACAGUGUCAAGAAUGCCAAUUACAUAGACAGGAAGCUUUGGUAGCUAAUUUACCUGACACUGUGAUGAGUAUAUUUCAAGAAGCUAUUGAUACAGCAAAUAAAGGUUUAUAUAACUGGAUGCUUUCCCAUCGUGGUAUGAAGUUGAUAUCAUUAUUGAGCCUACCAUAUACUGUUCCUCUUGAUUUCACUCUGGCUGCUUUGAAGAAGAUAAAAAUGCUUUUACUGUAUAUGAUAAAGAAUCUGAAGGUUAUGUGUUCAUUUUUAGUCGAUGAAAUGAUCCAUUCCAUUUAUUCAAUUCACAGUAGAGCAGGAGAUAAAAUUUCCACAAAUGUUGCUUGUCAAUUCGAAUAUUCUGGACUCGGGUAUGAUGAUGAACAUCUUAUUGAGAAGGAAUUGAAUUUCAAUAUAAAAGUCAACAUGGAUGAAAGUGAUUUCGAAAAAUCUACCAAGAUAAUUACAAGUAACAUACUUUCUCGAAGAAGUAGUCUUGCGUUACAGGCUGAUUCAACACUAGUAGAUGAUACCUUUGAGAACAUUUUGCAAGUGACUAGUCACCAUGAUGCUGUCAUGGCAUUUUACUAUAUGGAUGAUGAUUAUAAGGUAAAAAUUACUGAAAUUUUUGAUGUCACUCAAAAUGCUGAGGUUGACUCAACCAAGAGAAAUCUUUCAUAUGAUUGGGAAGAUACUUCAAGCUCAUUCUUUACUUCAAAAUAUGAAGAUCAUGAUGAUAUGAAGUGCUCCAAGGAAGAUAACAGUAUUACUGAUACUUCUGUAGAUGAAGAGUAUGUUGAAAAUGGAAAUAUUUUUUCUGAUCCUGAAUCAGAAUGGGCAUCUAGUUCUGGAAUAAGAGUAAGAAGGGCAAAUUCUUUGAGGCAUUUAAAACCUGAAAGUGAACAAACAGUCACAAGUAAUGAUUAAAUUCCAUGAGUUAAUUAAUCACUUUUUAUGGUUAUGAUGUUAUGCAUAUUUUAGAGACAUAAUAAGUUAAGAGAAAAAAAAAUUAAAUAUUUUUUUAUCAUCUAAACCAAAAUAAUUGUGAUAUAUUAUUCUGUUCCUUCUGAGACAAUUGUUCCUUAUUUGAAAUGUUUUUCAUAUAUAUAUGUAUAUGUAGGUUGCUGUUUUCAAAUAUGGAAUAAAAAAUGAAAAUAUUAAGUAAUUUUUUUUUAAUUUAAUCAUUUUUAUCUUCUCUCAUUGUAUAAACAAAUAUUAAAAAUUAAUUUAUGUACUAUGCAGUACAUUAUAUAUAUAUAUAUA